GGUUUGGGAGCAAUUAAAUAUUUUGGAUUUUAAUCAUUGACUUGAUUCUAUUUCAACAAAGCGAAAAAUGACAAGUCUACCGUCAAAAAAGAAAAUGGCUGACCAGUCCCUGACAAAGUUCCAGAAAAUCAAACUGGAAUAUUAUUUCAAUUUUUUUGAUGCAGAUGGAAAUAAAAGUUUGGAUAUGAACGAUUUUAAACUUCUCAUGGAGAAAAUCUUAGACUAUACGAGUUGGGAAUCAGAUAGUAUAGAAGGCAAGGAAUGUUAUGAGGUCUGUCAUGUAUUUUAUGAAGUUAUGACAGAUAAAGCAGAGCGAGAUCAAGCAGGUGGUAAAGUUGAGUUAAAAGUUUGGUUUGAUCUUUGGAAUAAAUUAUUACCCGGUUGUAAAGGCCUGGGUAAUCUACCCAUCUGGUUACGCCGGUUAACUCCUACCCUGUUUAAAAUCAUUGACUAUAAAGAAGAUGGAGUAAUAGAUAUAGAAGAGCUGGCCUGUUUUUACCAGAAGAUGGUAGGACUGCCCGAAGAUGUCGCCCAAAAACGAGCCAUAGACGGUUUUAAACAGAUGACCGAUAAUGGUCGAUAUAACCUUGACAUUCAUGGCUAUGAACAGAUUUUUGCCAAUUUUCUAAUUGGACGAACCUUACUCGGCCCUGGACGGUAUAUUUUUGGAUGUUUCGAAGAUAAAGUAGAACCGUUUCAAAUUCUGCAGCCAGCCGUAGAAGAAGAUGACGUGGACACGAGUAACCUCAAAAAAUCGGCACAACGACGUGGCAGUAUAGAUCUCAGGGUUAAAAUGAAAUACAACUCAGGUGUAUAAUUUACAUAAAAUCUCAAAUAU